AGAGAUAAAGCAAGAUCUACAAACAAGUAGCACAAACAAAUUAGCGUUAAUACUCCAAAGAGUAAAGGUCUCAGAAGACAAACGUAAACUCGAUUGGAUACUAGUCAACAACAAAGAGAACAAGCCAGAUAUUCGAAGAGUAAUUAGCAAGAGCAAAGAAAGAUUUUGCACAAAGAAGUGGUUAGUUAGCAAAGAAAAGAAAGCAUUGCAAGAGCUUAGAAAGCAAAAUAGUAAUUGGGUUCUUGAUAUGACACAAAGCUUACUUGAAGAAAUUAGGAAAAAUAAUAUUGAUCCAGAAAUAACUAGUAGGAGGAAAAUAGGUAGAGUGGCAAUUGAAACAGUACAAGCCCUUAUAAGUGAAUCUGAGAGAAGAGGGAAAUUACGAACAAGUGAACUCCAAAAAUGUCUAUUUGGUGAAAUAUACAAAGAGCAAAAAGAAUGA